AUGAAGACCCUUCACUUCUUCUUUGUAGUCCUCUUCUUGGUUCUCAGUAGCCAAGCCAGGCUACAUCUGUGGUCUACAGGCAAACUGAAGGACAGCAAGGAUCCUGAGACUGAGCGUGCUGCUUAUCAGGCAGAUGGUAAGCUGCGGGGUUCUUUCAGAACAACAACAACAACAAAAAGAGUGUAUUUCACUCAGGAACUGUGGGUCCCAUGUUGAGUGAAAGAUUUGUGCAUUGCAGGGGUUGGACUAAAUGACCUUUGGGUCCCUUGCAACUCGACAAUUCUAUGAUUCUACGAUUCUGUGAUCCCAUCAGGAGAUAUGAUCUGCGUGAUAUCAGCAUUGGACAUUAAUGUGGCAACACCUAUGCUUUGGACUCCCCUUCCAUUAAAUUAUAUAUGCAACAGGCAACUUUUUCAUUGUUCUGUUGGCACCUGUUGAAAAUAUUCCAUUUCCAACAAGACUUCUUGAAUGGAUGGAUGAUAGAUAGAUAUAGAUGACAUAGAAUUGGCAGGGGGUUGGACUCGAUGGCCCUUGUGGUCUCUUCCAACUCUAUGAUUCUAUGAUUCUAGAUAGAUGAUAGAUAGAUAGAUAGAUAGAUAGAUAGAUAGAUAGAUAGAUAGAGAUAGAUAGAUGAUAGAUGAUAGAUAGAUAGAUAGAUGAUAGAUAGAUAGAUGAUUGAUAGAUAGAUAGAUAGAUGAUAGAUAGAUGAUAGAUAGAUAGAUAGAUAGACAGAUAGAUAGAUAGAUAGAUAGAUAGAUGAUAGAUAGAUAGAUAGAUAGAUGAUAGAUAGAUGAUACGCUAAAUUUUGAUUGAUUUCAUAUAUGUUUUGUGGAUUCAGGUAGGUAGCUGUGUUGGUCUGACACAGUCAAAAUAAAUAAAAGUACUUAAUUUGUUCUGGAGGUUCGUUCUUAACCUGAAACAGUUCUUAACUUGAAGCACCACUUUAGCUAAUGGGGCCUCCUGCUGUUGCUGUGCCACCAGAGCAUGAUUUCUAUUCUCAUCCUGAAGCAAAGUUCUUAACCCGAGGUACUAUUUCUGGGUUAGCAGAGUGUGUAACCUGAAGCAGCUGUAACCCGAGGUACCAGUGUAUAUAGACGGAGGGUGGGGUGGAGGUUUUCUCAGAAGGGUAGUGGGAGAUGGGUGAUUGACUCAAUGGGUAUGGUAAACCUGUUGACGACUGCUAAUGACUGCAUAUGUUUUGUUGUAUGACUGCAUAUGUUUUGCUGCAUAUAUGUUUUGUUGUAGUCAUUGCAAGGGAUUCAACUCAUGAGUCCCACCAAAGCACUUCCUCUCCUCUCCUCCACUGUGUGUCCCUUGCAUGUUCCCAACACUAUCAUUAUUGCCUUUUUUCCCCUUUCCAGCAGAGAAUGGGCAGGCAGUUGCACCACCACAGGACGGGAAAAUCUCUUGCCUCUGGCCUUGGGGAUACUGCUUACUGCGGAAGCUCCGGUGUGCCUCAGGCUUUGUGAUGAAGGAGAGAUUCAACAACUGCCCAAAUACCCGCACCCUGAAGUGCUGCGUUCUGUGA